ACCAGAUAUUCCCCAAGAAAUGCGAGUGACAGGAAGUACAAGCCGAUCAGUGGAUCUGUCUUGGUCACCUCCAUAUAGCGGAAACAGUAGAUUGCUAAACUAUCUUUUGACAUAUGAAGAAGAUGAGAAUAAAGAAGCAAAAAGUCAAGACACUGAUAUGAAGCCAAUUACCAUACCUCCAUCAGAAACAACGUGGUCUAUUAAUGGUUUAGUUCCAAAUACAAAGUACUCUUUUCGAAUAUCGGCUGUAAACGCGUUGGGAGAAAGUGAAGCUAGUAAUCCUGUGACAGUUACUACUGAAGAAGAAGCUCCUGGAGGGCCACCUCUGACCAUAAAAACGCUGCCUUUGUCUUCAACAGCAGUAAAAGUGUUGUGGGAACCUCCUGAUGCAACCUUACAAUUUGGAAAAAUAAAAGGCUAUUAUGUGGGAUACAAGAGCAAAAAUUCAAAAGAUAAGUACGUUUACAAGACUUUGGAAGAUAGUGAAAACUUCCGAGAAGAGAGAAUUCUCACCAAUUUGCAAAGACAUACGAAAUAUUUGAUUAGAGUUCAGGCUUUUAAUAGCAAAGGAGCAGGACCACCAUCGGAUGAUGUAGAAGUCGAAACAUUAAAAGAUGAUCCACCUCGACCACCAUCGUUAGAAGUGCUGAGCGUGACGUCAUCAUCAGUCACUUUGAAAUGGAAGAAGGAUACCACAGAUAUCGGUUCUGCAACCGGUUAUGUGAUUCACUACAAAAAGGAUUACGGAUCUUGGAAGACAGAAGAAGUGUAUGGAGAUGUUAAUACAUACACUUUAAAUAAUCUACAGUGUGGAAUGCGAUAUGAUUUUUAUAUUACUGCAAUGAACGGGAAUGGUGAGCAAAGUGAGACAGUAUCUGGUAGAACGAGUGGAAGAGCUCCCAUUGCUCCUGAGAAAGAAGAACUGCUGGUGGUAAACGCUACAUCUGUAACUAUUCAACUGAACUCAUGGAAAAGCGGCGGUUGUCCAAUAACACAUUUUGAAAUAAAAUAUAAACAGCAGAGACAGAAAAACUGGAUACUAUUCGCUGAUAGAGUGUCUUCUAACAAGAAAAGCAUAACAAUAUCUAGUCUUGCCCCAAGCACCUGGUAUCAGUUAAAACUGACAUCGCAUAAUGAAGCAGGGCCUACAGAAGCAGAGUAUAUGUUUACGACUGGAGCAGCGGUUAAAGGAGCUUUACCAGAUACAGUACUAGUGAGCGGAGAACCUCUUCCAUUUUAUUUGGAGUUGGAAGUUGUUUUGCCUGUUUCUUUGUCUUUGGUUGUGGUAGUAGCUGUACUCGUACUUGUAUGUCUAAUUGUCCGAAAGAGAAAUCCUACUGAAACUUCUCAAACAGCAAGUACUACAUACGUUUCUAGAAAAUCUCAAGCUGGUGAAUCGGUACAUUUAUGUGAGAUGGAGAAGUCCACUUACCAGCGUCCUGUCAGUCGUGCAGAUCCUAUCUAUUACCCAACGCCGUAUGCUACAACGCACAUUGCAGAUGGCCCUUGCAGGAAAUCAUUUGAAGCAGAAGAGAGAGAGCUUCAAGAAGAACCUCAAUAUGCAACUGUAAAAAGGACAGCAAGACCUCCUAAAUCUGAUGUACAUAUAUAUCACUAUCCUGUUCACAUUCCCCUAGAGCUCUUAGAUGAACUCCAAGCAACCUCGUCCCAGUGGGAUGACGGGGGAAGGUCUUCCAUUUUGGAUACUGGAGGAUACAUAGGUCGAAGAAGUUCAAGAGUUACGACUUAGUUUUUGUUACAUUUUAGGAAGAAAUAAACAAACAUUAUGCUGAAAAUAGCAGCCAAGCCUAUGAAGUCUUUACACCUGAUGAGUGGCCUAGAGAACUGACGUCACCUUCCUGAUCUGUGAUGUGCUGUGCAUAAUUCGCCUGUGAGGAAAUAAUUGUAAUCUGUAACUUGGAAAUUCAUCCGUGCAGCAGUAUCAGGCGUCAUGAGAGAUACAACCAUAAUUGUGAUGACUGCUUUUUUAUGCUAUUCAUAAAAAUGUUAUGUAUCUAGUGUUAACUGCAUUUAUUUAACAAUGCAUUUUAUUUCCAAACUGCCAGAGGUUUACUAUACAUACAUAUAUGCAUAUAUAAGUUUGUUGUGUGUAUAUAUAAGUUUUUUUUUUUAAGAAAAUGUGAUUUUAUGGUUAGAUAUUUCAUUUCUGUUAAGGUACAUGAAAUGAAAUCAAGUCGUUUAAUCAAAGUAUAGCCUGCUUUGAACGUUGUAAUGAUUUUAAUGUAUAAAUGUUAGAAUUCUUGUUAAACGUUAUGAAAAAUGGUAUUGUUGAAGAUCUUUAUCAGGUUAUAUUAUCUGUUAUGUUAUUUGUAAUUCCACGGGUGUUAAACCAUGUAUAUUUGAAACAUUAUUAAAAUCAUUGUAUAUAUUGAUUGAAAUUAUUAUAAAUGGUCAAAUUGUUCCUCUAAAAUAAAAACUUCUUUAAGUUAUAUGUUUGAGAAUGGUAAGAAUAAGAAAUAUUGUUUUCUGCUGAUCUAUAAUAAAAGUUUAAUUUUGUCAAAAUAUUAUGCAUAUAACUGAAAACAAAUUAUUUAUUUAUUGACCUCCAACUUGAAAGAACCUAAAAUCAUUAAAAGUUUUAAUAAACUGCUGCUUUAUUAUUGUCUGUUUUCUGAAAUAUCUAAUAGCAUUAUUUAUGUAACAUUUGUGAAAUUAUAUACCUUCUUAUGAUAUAAUGGGAAUUUAUUCCUAUUUUUUUUUACUUUCGGGUAAAUCGGUUUCAUCCGCAAGUUAAGAACUUGAACUUCAUCACCUUAAAUAUAGAAAGAAUUAUUAUAAAAUUGUGCAUUGAUUCAUAUUCUUUUCUCUGUAUUAGUAACCGAAAACAAAUACUUUUGAAAACACUUGUGCUGUUUAUGUAUUUUGGUAAAGAUACGAAUCUGCCAAGAGUAAAACUUUGAAAACUCAUAACGUAAAUAAAAUUGUUCAAUUCUUUUGAUUUUCGUAAUAUAACAAGUGAAAAGGGAUUUUUGUAAGAAACUUUUUUCCAACGUAAAAGAUUACACCAAAUCUACAAGGUAUUUGAAUUUAGCUUAUAUAUAAUACAGUGUGCGUCAGAAAACGUGUACACUCUUUAAUAGAAGGUAUCUGCAUUUUGAUUUCAAAUUUCAAUUAUCCUUAGAGUACGUACUGUAUAGUGUUUGCUCACAUGCCGACACUUUCAUAAUAAUAAAGUAUAACGCAUAUGAAUUAAAAUAGCCUUAGGUAACUUUAAAAGACGUCGUCUUGAGUAAGAAAUCGGUUAUACUGGAGGUCCGUCAAGAAAUUACAGAGGCAUGUGGCCAACGUUGUUCAAGCAAGCGCUCAUUGUUGUUCUAUGUGUCUGGUCUCUAAGGCUUGGUACAAAUGAAGGCUUUCCGAUUAUAAGAAUUUGUGGUUCUAGGCAUAAAAAUCAUGAAGUCCAUUCAUACCUGUUUAACAGAGUUUAGGCCGCAGCCAAUCAGGGAAGGUUAAAUUCCGCAUGCACAAAUGUGCAGCUGGCUCAGUGAAACCGUCGACCGAAUGACAGAUGGGGUUGCUUCGCUAUGGUUGGUCGGUUCUUAUACAUAGUUGGUAUAAAAAUGAAUGUUAGAACUUUUAGGCAAAAUUCUGAAGCCAGUUUUUGUACGUAUCAAGGUCGGGUUUCCUAGCAACGAAACUCGGGUUAUAUUUCUUAUGAAAAAGAAUCAUCUUGUAAACGGAGCCUGAUGUACAUCACUCUGACUCUCUGAGCGCUGUAAGUAACUGUAAAGGUACACGUGUAGGAAGACUAUUAAACACAACCUAGCUUUUGACAUGUGUGAUCAUGUUAACCAAUAAUUAAGUUCAGUACUAGCACACAAACAAGAAUUUUCUUUCUUUAAAGUACGCAUAGGUUUUGUUGAUGGACCCUAUAUUAAUAUAUUUUAUUUUGGCAUGACGUAAGGACUGAUAGCAUAGAUAAUUUACGUUUAACUAUUAAAAAUCAGAAAAAAGAAUUAACUCGCUUUUCUAAUUUUAGAAACUGAAAUCAAAAAUAUUUUCUUAAUUACAGUCAGAGAGAAUCUCUAAUAAAAAUUUAUCUCAUAAUACUUGAAUGAGUAGAGAGCGUUAUGUAUAUAUAAUCAUGUCGCUACAUUUUUUUCCUUAUAUGCAUUUUCUGAUUCAUUUUUUAAAAACGUUCUUUACGAAACCAUUUGAAUUAUAAUUAAUUUGUAAAUGCGAAACUCUAUUCUGCUGUACUGAAAGUAAAAAUUAGGCAUUUAUUUACAUAUAUUUAAUUAGUUACAAAUAAAUCAAUUUUCCCUUUUAUUAAAUUAAGAGUGCUUUGUAACUCUUGUUGUAGCUAUUAUUUUUGUUGUAGCUAUUAUUUAUAAUAAUAGCUACAACAAGAGUUACAAGCUACAACAAGUGUUACAAAGCACUCUUAAUUAUUUAUAAUAAUAGCUACAAGCAUUAUUUAUAAUAAUAGCUACAACAAGAAUUAUAUUUUAUUAUUUUAUCAAUAACUAGUUAAAAUUAUUCAUAUAUGCUAUAUAAUAUACUGAGGAAAUACAUUUACAUACCGGCUAGCCACAAAUUAUAUUUAGUAUAUAAAUCUUCGAUGAUUUCUUGAUAGGAUAAUUAAAGAAAAUAGAUGAUUUGAUAAAUAAGAAUCCCGGAUGAUUUGAUAAAUAAAUGAUUUGCUUUUUUAUGUUGGAAAAUCAAACAUCUUAUAUCAAUCGUAUCAACUGCACGAAAUUAAGAAAAUUUGUGAAAACUUAUGUGAAACCUUUUUUUUUAAAUUAUGCAAAAAUUUCAUUAACCCAUCCCCUUACAAUAAAAAUUGUUUCUGUCAGGAGCUUAAAUAUGAUAUCGAAUAAAAAAAUAAACAACUGUUUAAACAUAAUAUCGAAAAAAAAACUUAUUGCCAAAACAUUCAUAUACAAGUUUUAAGUUUAUAUUGUUAUAAUGCUAAAUUUAAGAAAUGUUUUCUCAUUCUUAUCCGGCACAGUUUUUUUUUUAUGUUCGUAUAUCAUAAUGCUAUAUUUUGCUAUAUUUUCAUAAUACAGUUUUAAAGGGUAAUAAAAGUUACAAAAUAGGAAAUAAAUGACGACUUCAUAGGAUUACUUUGAAAAUGCUAUAUUUUGUACGAAGUUAUGCAUUUCAAAUUGAAAUUGGGGGAAAAUUUGUUUUUGAAAAUUAGCAAAUAUGUUCGUUUUUAAUUACCUUUGACUUCAUAGGUUUAUUUAUUACUCAUAGAUUAUCAUAGGUUUAUUUAUUAUUUUCAAGAUGUUAUAUCAUGUUUUAAGUUAUAUAUUCAAAUGUAAAUUGAAAAAAAAUAGUUUAGAAAAUAAGCAAAUAUAUAGUAUUUUAUGUUAAAAUAUUAUGAGCUAUAAUUCCACUCUCAUAAAUGUAUGAAAACUCAACAUGUGUAAGAGAAUUUUCUAUAGAAGCUUGUAACCUUCUGAAUUCUAUAACAUGCAUAUAUAUGUUGGUUUGCAAUUUUAUGCAUUGAUAGAGCAGUUCUUCCAAAUAAUUAUUACGUCACAUGAAACGUAGAGCAUAUUUCACUUUAAUGUGAUAAUAUUUCAUAUGGUUCAAUUAUUAUGGCAGCAGUUUUCUUUCAAAUGUUAUUACAAAUGUAAUAAAAUUAUUACAAAAGAGCACGUUUCUUGCAUAGAACUGUAUUAUUCAGUCACAAUAGAAAUAGUUCAAGCGUUUUCGAUAACUUAAGUAUUCAGCCAACUAUGGUGCUUUGAUAUAAAGUCUAUACUUGAAAUAUAUUUCGAUCUCAAUCAGCACAAAAUAAAAUAAUUUAACUUGUUGUUUUCCAAUGAAUUAUUUAUGAAUGCAAUUUAUGCAUUGAAUAUAUGCGAGUUCCUAAUAGAGAAAAUCUCUAAUAAAAAUAAACAUAAUAUUAUUUACAUAAGUUGAGAUUUUAAGAAAACAAAUUAUGCGCCAACGUUAAUCUGUUACAGGUUGUUGUAUUGCCCAUUAUAGGGAAUAAAGCAAUUAAUAAAGAAAAUAAAUUGGCAUUCAAAAAGUCUAAUAGGAAUUUAAUGUGCUUUUAAGUAGUUAACAUUGAAAUGAUAGUUACUAUGAAUUAUUACCGAGUUUAAUAAUCGAGUUAACUGCAAAUUCCAGUUAUGAAGAUUUGUUGAAAAUGAUAAGUUGUCUAACAAAAAUCACCCAAACUGAGUAAAUAAAAACAGAUUUGGGAACAAUGAAAAUUUACAAAACCAGGAUAAUCACAUGAAAGGAUUAUUGUAUUAUUGAAAAGUUAAUUCAAAUUCAGUUUUAUUGCAGAGCUUAUAGAAAUAUUUCAUGUGUACUUAAAUUUAUAAUGGAAUCAUAACAUAGUAAAGAUUUUCAGAAUCUUAAUAAUAAGUCAUUUCGAAUAAUGUAAUGAUAAUCUGUUUUUUUAUUAUUGAAUUUGACAAUGAUGCUUUAAAAUUUUCAAGUUAAAAAUGAUACUUUUCUUCAAUUUUUUGGUGUUGAAUGUAAGAUAUGGAGGAAUAUUUCUGUGAAUUGAAUCCGUUUUAUUCAUAUGUAAGUCAUAAAGUUGAUUAAUAUUAAUUAUUUCGUGUAUUUUGCAUGUGACUGAUUUAAUCUGUAAUUAGAAAAUGUUUACCUAACUGUGGAAUUUGAACCAUGCUUCAGGAAAAUUGCUAACGAAAACUAUUUUUUUAUUCCUUAUACUUCUAUUUAUAUAUAAAUUAUAUACCCUUUAAUUCUCAUUAUUCCAUUAAUCUUGACCAGAAAGACGCAUUAAUAAGUAAGUAUUUUAAAUAUUUUCUAUAAAUUGGAUAGAAAAGAUUAAUAAUUACACCUGUAUGAUAUAAAUAUCUUUCUUUAAAGCAAUGGUUAAUAUAAUGAAAUCAUUCACGCCACUUUCGGUGAAACAAAUCAAAGAGCUAGAUUAGCUAUACCAAAUAUAUUUUUACAAUGAAAACUUCAGGUUUAAAUUUUGUUUCUAAGCAUAGUUCGCUUUUCACUAACAUUUGUAAAUCAUUUUCUAAAAAAUGUAUGUUUUUUUCAAUAUUUCUCUGAUGGACUUUAUUUUUCCCAGAGAACAAUUUCAAAUUUAAUCCAAGCAUUUUUUAUUCUCUUUUUCAUACCAUAUGUCAACUCUCAUAGCAGCAGCGUCAUUUAUAUGGUAUUGAAUUUUUAAUUGAAUUGUUCCAGAAUUAAUUUAAUUUUAGGUCAUGUAUUUGAUGUCUUCCUUGGCAUAAUUAUAUACACGCCUUGUUAAAAACAAACGUCUUGUACAUUUAUAUGCUUAGAGUAGAGCUCAUUACUUAUGUGGAAAAUGUUUUACGCAUUUGUCGUUAAUACUGAAUCAUUUUAAAAAUUACAAUGUGCUUCCUGCCUUUCAUUGAAUAAUAGAAGGGCUACAUAUUUGUUAUCAACUGGUCAAAAGCUAAAUUUUGUAAAUAUGCUUGUACAAAAUGAAUGUUAAUGUUAGAUCGAGAUUUAUGAAUAAAAUAUGUUUGCUAUGACUGAG